CACCCGUGGUCGGACUUUAAGAUCCCACAGCUCAGAGACAACUCAGGGGACAACUGGAAACUUCACUUUCUUCUCUCCUCGGGUGAUCAUUCCUCGCAACCAUGCGCAUAAAUAAAUCCAAAGUAGCUAUUGGAUUUAUAGUGACAGGGGUUCUGACGGUGCUUUUUGGAGCAGUUCUUCUGUUUGUGGGACCUGCGGUGAUGAAGGACCAAAUAACUAAAAACACAGUGAUCGACCCAAAGAAUGAUCUGUCCUACACCAUGUGGAAGGACAUCCCUGUGCCGUUCUUCAUGUCGGUCUACUUCUUCAACGUCCUCAACCCAAAGGAGAUGCUGAAAGGAGAAAAGCCCAUGGUGGAGCAGCGAGGACCUUAUGUGUACAGAAAACGCUGUCAGAAAGACAACAUCACAUUUCAUCCAAACGACACAGUGUCAUACAAGGAAUACAGAACAUACUUCUUCGAGCCUUCCAUGUCUGUAGGGAAUGAGUCUGAUGUUGUAACAAUACCAAAUAUGUUGGUGCUGGGUGCAGCGAUGAUGAUGGAAAAUCUACCAUUCGCGGUUCGUUUAAUGAUCAGCGCCACCUUCAAAAGUUUCAAGGAAGGACCCUUCGUGACCAAGACUGUCGGGGAACUGAUGUGGGGUUAUGACAGUGCACUGGUCGAUUUCCUUAAUAAAUACCUACCCGGCAUGCUGCCCAUGUCUGGAAAGUUUGGCCUUUUUGCUGAAUUCAACAACUCCAACACCGGUCUGUUCACCAUCUUCACCGGACAGGACGACAUCAAGAAUGCUCAUAAAGUUGAUUCCUGGAAUGGCAUGACAAAGCUGAACUACUGGCGGACCCCUCAGACUAACAUGAUCAAUGGAACAGCUGGGCAGCUGUGGCCUCCCUUCAUGACUAAAGAAAGCACUUUGCCAUUCUACAGCCCUGACGCCUGCAGAUCUAUGGAGCUCGUUUACCAGCGUCCUGGUGUGAUGAAGGGCAUCCCUCUUUAUCGUUAUGUUGCACCCAAGACCCUGUUCGCCAAUGGGACAGAAUACGCCCCCAACGAAGGUUUCUGCCCCUGUAGACAGUCCGGCCUGCUGAACGUCAGCAGCUGUCGCCACAACUCUCCCGUCUUCAUCUCUCAUCCUCACUUCUUUAAUGCUGAUCCUGUGCUCCUGGACUAUGUGCAGGGCCUCCAUCCCAAUGAGGAAGAGCAUGGCCUCUUCAUCGACAUUCACCCACAAACAGGUGUCCCUCUCAAUGUGUCCAUCCGUCUGCAGCUCAACCUGUACAUCAAGAGAGUGUCAGGAAUUACGGAAACUGGCCAGAUUUCUGAGGUGGUGAUGCCCAUGAUCUGGUUCGAGGAGAGUGGAUAUAUAGACGGGCCUAUCCUCACCACGUUCCACACAAACCUGGUCAUUCUUCCUGCUGUGAUGGAGUACAUGCAGUACGGCUUCAUAGCGCUCGGCCUGGCAACGAUAAUAAUUGCCACUCUGGUGCAUCAUAAAGUGCGGAGGUCUCAUAGAAAUGCAACAAUGACCUCCACAGUGGUGGAGAACCCCGGGGCCUCCGACAAAAAGACAGUAAAAGGCUCACAUGGCCAUGAAGCACAGGAGAAAUAUAACAUAAACAAUUGAGAGAAGAAAAUGUGAUGGUGGCACCACACCAGAUGCAACCACAAGCACUUCAGGCGAGGAGAGAGACCCUCUACUACAAGACCAAAUGGACUGACAUACAGACACACACACAAACAAACAUAAACAAGCACACACACACACAGAUGAUGUUGUGGACUGGCUGACGACCAACAUCCUUCCAGUAUGUUGAACUGAAACACUGCCACAAGGUGCUCUGCUCGCUAUAUUCUAAUGAGACUUGCACAAGUGAAUUUGUACCAUGUUUUUCCUGCACUGUAAAGUUAAUGAAACUCCCAGCCUGUGUUGAGGCUGUUGGGGGUUGAGACUGUUCCUCCAGAGCGACUGAACACGCUUCUGUCUCUGAACCAAACCAUUUUUUUCUACGAACUAACCAAAGAACUCUUUAUUUCCAGUGAAAGGUGACAGUUGUGAACAUGCUCGGCUUGGUGUCCGAUGAUCAUCAGUGUUGAUUUGAAAAAGGUUUUUGUUUCAUCACAAAAGGAGCAAUAGUAGACAGUUACUGUGGUGGCUGUUAUUUUACCUCCAUCUCUUUACGCUUCUGUAUUAACAACAAGGGAACUUACAGGCAAAAAAAGGCUCUGAGUCUUUAAUGACUGGCAAGUGUGUAUCACACACUCUAACAACCAGUCAAGCAGAGCGGUCACACUCACUUUUUGUAUACUACUGUCUCCAGAAAGAUGUGAAUGUUUUUUUUUUUUUCUUGAAACUUAUGUGAAUAACUACACUUGAGAUAAGAAAUGUCCUAAAUAAAUGAGGUAAUAAAUGUGCCUUUGUUUGAACAUCAAAUAA